CUUUUGUCUGUCUUCAGAUGGAAGUGUUGGAGUCGGCAAACGAUAUGUGUUGUGCCGUCUCACCCAACAUUUCCAGUGUAGUUGCUGUCGAAGGCAGUUCACCCCGUAACGUUGUUGCAACCACCGUUGGCCAAAAAAAUAUACGGAACUGUGUUUAACAAUUGACUUGUCUCAAACGAAAAAAAGUUGUGUCUUACCCAAAAAUGUAUUUCCUUCCCACCAAAGAACUAAGAAUUUUCCGACGAAUAAAAUCCUACAGCGGCUAUUUGAAAUCCAAUUCAAAACUUGUUAUUUUAUUAUUUGUCUUGUUCGAAGUGGUCUCAUCACAACCGUACCGCAACACACAACGCUGCUCAAAUCGCUUGGAGAAUGCCCUGGAACACAUGAGAAGACGAAGUUUCCAGACGAAGUCCGCUCGUUCUUACACUCCCUUGCAAUCACCCUAUGCUCUGUAUCAUUCCCUCUAUGGCCCGGCAGAUGAAAAUAUCGACGAUGAUUUUUAUCAUCCCCAACCGAAUCGUGGUUAUUACGCCAAAAAUAUUAAUCGAAAUUAUGGACCAAAUUCAAGAUUAGAUUUUGAUGCGGCCCUAUCCUCGUAUCAACAUACCCAACCACCACCACCACCGUCGUCGAUAUAUCAGAAAUAUCAAAGCCAAAGGCAGCCACAUAAAUUGCAAGUAUCGCGAGUGGAAGUUGAAGACUUACGCGUUCGAUUGCCACCGGAGGCAAGUGCAAGAUGGGUGGAAAUUGACAAGUGCAAGUUCAUUUCGGAGAACUCAACACUGGAUACACGUUUAAUAUUUCCCGAUUUGACUUUGAGCGGCAGAAUCGUGUUGCAGCCGACGGGUGGAAAAUGUAAUAUGAUAUUGCGUUUGAGACAUGCUGGCAUAGAAUUUCACACGGUACCCAUUGGAUUCGAGAAGAUCAGUGGUGAGGAGUCCCGACGAAUUGGUGCGGCAUCUGUUAGGACAGAUUCACAUUUUGCAGAGCCGGGAUUUAUAUCGGUCUUUGCCCAUGGCUGCCAAGGACCAACCGGAAUAAAAUUACGGCAAAAUUCAAAACGUCGCUACAGUUUCGUCAACGAAGAACCUAACGAGGGCCACAAACCUCCAACUUCCCAACUGACACCGGAUGUUAUAUUCGACAUACGAAGUGAAGGCUAUAUACCGCCCAAUAUGCGCGACGAAGAUCUGGCAUGGACUGAUGCCAAUUCCCAGGAACUGCUCGACCCCAAUGGCGAUAAUUUUUAUCGCCGACAAUUUCGUAAAAAGCGCAGCACUUACUAUAGACAACGCCAAGUUAGACACAUGGCAACGGACCGUUUGAACGACGAAGUUAACUUUGACGAUGACAUCUUGAGAUUUUCAGAUGAUAACGUUCAGGACUUGCUGCAACCGGAUGCCCGGGCAUUUGCUGAUAUAUUUUCCAACAACAAUCGUGGCGGUGGUGACAACAUGUUUGGAGAUCGCGACGAUAUCAAUGAUGCGUUCCGAGAUGAAUUGGAAAAGUUAUUCUCGAUGGGAGUGCGCAGUCUUUUGACCACAUACAUGCAGAGGGCCCUUCAGCCGGCCAUCAAAGAAACUCUAAUGGAAAACAUGGGCUAUACGAUAAGUUAUGGCUAAUAACCAUUGCCAAUGUAUUGCUUAGAUAGAAUAUUUUAUAUGUUUGUUUUUUUUUUCACCCGAGGUUUAAGUAAAUUAUUGAA